UUGCCCCCCUACGAGCAACGUAGGACACUUGUACGGCGUAGCCAUGGGUGGUGUUCAGCCCCUCAACAAGGUCAAUGUGGUCAAGAAGCGCACCAAGAAGUUUGCGCGGCAUCAGACUGACCGGUUUAUGCGGAUCAAAAACUCGAGCUGGAGGAAGCCCAAGGGUAUCGAUGGACGCGUCCGCAGGCGCUUCAAGGGAUGCCUGCCUAUGCCCAACGUCGGAUACGGAUCCGACAAGCGCACCCGGAACAUCCUCCCCAACGGGUUUUACAAGUUCCUCGUCCACAACGUGAAGGAGCUCGAGCUGCUCCUCAUGCACAACAGGAAGUACGCGGCGGAGAUCGCCCACAACGUCUCCUCGCGCAAGCGCAAGGAGAUUGUGGAGCGCGCUGGACAGCUCCACAUCCGCGUCACCAACGCCGGCGCCAAGCUCAGCGCGGAGGAGGACGCUUAAGCCUGCCUUUGUGACUUCGAGCUGGUGCUGUUACGCCCAUGGCUUCCGUAGAGCUUAGUUCUUAGUGCGAGACUGGUGUCGCUGCUGUUGUUUCGUAUGAAGGUGGGUCGACUCGAGUCGAGCGCAGAUUUUCAUCGUCUGUGCGGAUGAUGGAUUGAUGCAUCAAGAGCUUUUUUCUCUGGUGGCUUCAAGGGGGGACGCGGGAAGAGGGGGGCACGGAUGAUUAUUUCUUUGUUCUUUCGUGGACCCGUCUCUUUCCUGUGCCGGUGCUUCAGGGGGCAUGGGGGGACAAGGACUAAUAUCGAGAGGUGUUUUUCCCAGUUUUAUUUUUUCGGUCCAGCUUGCCGGAACGCCGACGCACGUCUGUCGGUCCGUUUUUUCUCCAGGAUGCGCUUGUCCCAAGCCCAUCCGAUCGGUGUCUGAACCUGGGUGUACCAUCGUUGUCUUUUCUCCAUUCCCCACAAUGAGAAACGAGCACCUGGUAUAUCGCACGCCCUGGCAUUUUCUCGACAACCGCUGCUCGUCGGCAAAUGUCAGCCGAUGAACGCUACGGAAGCAGGAAGCAGCGCAGCAGCAGUAGAGUGACGGACGGACAUGCUGCCUUCGCUUAGCCUAGCUUAUCCCUCACGUUGAACCCCUCUACAGUAGCAUCUGAUGCGACCGACACAAGUUCCGACCGACGUGGUUUAUGUCGUCAAAUGGAGGUCGACAGCGUGAUCGGUGACAAACUUGGACAUGCUUUCUU